CACACAUUCACACACACUCAACACACCUUAGUUCUGCUCCUGUCACCGUCUUUACCCGUCACGUUGCGCUCUUUCGGAUUUAUUCUGCUCUACACACGGACAUCAUGCAGCUGAAGUCAGAAGCUUUUUAAGACUUUCUUCACAGGUUUUGAUCCAAACAUAUGUGACAUGUGGGAGUUCCCGAGGACCCGUUAUGCGGACUGUAACGGCUCAGAGGCGAGUGAGGAGACGGAGAUUGCUGUGAAUAUCGGUGGUGUCAAGCACAUUCUCUACGGGGACGUGCUGAACCGAUAUCCCGAGACGCGUUUGGCAGAGCUGGUGAACCGAGCCACGGAUUCCACACAAGACGUUCUCUGCGCGCUCUGUGAUGACUAUGACGACUCAAAGCGAGAGUUUUACUUCGACAGAGACCCAGAGGCCUUCAAAUGCAUCCUAGAGCUAUAUUACUACGGAGAGAUUCAUAUGAAGCGAGGAAUCUGUCCCAUGUGUUUCAUGAAAGAGAUGGACUACUGGGGGAUCGACGCGGAGUAUCUGGACGAAUGCUGUAUAAGUAGUUUAAAUGAGGUGCAAACUGAGCUGGAGGAAAUAGCAGAGAAGGUCAAGAACAUCCUGGAUGACCUGGAGGAUGAUGCGACGCUCACUAGAGCCCAGAGGUGCCAAGCGUUCCUGUGGAAGCUCAUGGAGAAACCAGAGUCGUCUUUAGCUGCGCGCGUAAUUGCAGUGGUGUCGUUCGCGUUCAUCCUGCUCUCCUCUGUGGUCAUGUGCAUGAGCACCAUCCCCGAGCUCCAAGUGGAAGAUGCCGAGGGUAACCUCGUAGAACACCCGACUCUUGAGUCUAUCGAGACGGCUUGCAUCAUUUGGUUCACAGCGGAAUACAUUUUGCGUUUCUUGUCCUCUUCGAACCAAGUGCGCUUUGUGUUUUCCUUCAUGAAUAUAAUAGACUUUCUAGCCAUCAUGCCUUUUUAUGUAGUGCUGAUUCUUACGCAUUUGGGCACUGCUGUGAUGGAGCUUGCUAAUGUUCAGCAGGCAGUGCAGGCGUUGCGCAUCAUGCGCAUUGCACGCAUCUUCAAACUUGCGCGCCAUUCAUCUGGUCUCCAAACGCUUACAUUCGCUCUCAAAAGCAGCUUGAAAGAGCUGGGUCUGCUGCUCAUGUACAUGAGCGUGGGGAUUUUCCUGUUUUCCGCGCUGGGGUACACAUUGGAGCAGAGCCACCCGGAGACCAUGUUCACCAGCAUCCCACAGUCCUUCUGGUGGGCUAUCAUUACCAUGACCACUGUGGGUUAUGGAGACAUCUAUCCUAAAACAACACUGGGCAAGUGUAACGCCGCUGUCAGUUUUCUGUGUGGCGUAAUAGCUAUCGCAUUACCAAUCCACCCGAUUAUUAACAAUUUUGUCAUUGUUUACAGUAAGCAGCGUGUGCUUGAAACCGCUGCCAAGCAUGAAAUCGAACUCAUGGCGUUACGCGCGAGGGAGAAAGCACAGGAGUGUCCGGAGGCUGAAAGAACGGCUUCGGGUGGCAGUAGUUCGGUGUGGGACAGCGCUGCUGUUAGCGCGUCACAGAGUGACACAUAUAUCCCGUUACUUGGUGAUACAACAAAUGUGUCCAAAGACCAACCUACCCAUAAAUGCAAGAACAACUAGAGAGUGAUUUGCGCUUGUCCUCUGUCAAUACUUCAGAAUAAUAACACAGAACUAAUCAAUAUGAACAGUACACUGUGAUUACAGCCUGGAAAAUGGCUGAACUCGAUCAAUAAUCCUUAAACUCUAUCUAUCCAUUUGUCAAUCAUCUAUCUAAUGUUUAAAAAUGUAGUUGAUGUAACUCUAACCGUCUGUUCAACAAUCAAUAAAUCGUUCCAUGCCAGUAAGCAAAACGUAGUUUUUAAUAUAUAAAAAGUCUCUUUAUCAGGUUUAAUUGCCUUUUAUUAAAGGGAUAGUUUACCCAAAAAUUAAAAUUCUGUCAUUAAUUACUCACCUCUUAUGUUGUUCCAAACCUGUACAACCUUCAUUCAUUUUCGGAACACAAAUUAAGAUUAUAAAAUUUGAGAGCUUUCUGACCCUGCAAAGACAGCAACAGUACUACCACGUUCAAGGCCCAGAAAGCUAUACAAACAACCUUAAAAUAGUCCAUGUGACAUCUUUGGUUUAACUGAAAUUUGUUCACGUUGCAAGAAUUUUAAGAUUAACGACAUAUUCAACAAUUUCUUCUCUUUCACAUCAGGCUCUGCCACACUUUCAGGAGAGUACCACCACCACUCAAAACCCGCCCAGUUGACCCUUCGCAAACAGCUUGAUUGACAGUCGAUCUGACCAAUCAUGACGCCGAAUCCGCUAUUCUGUAAUGUUGUGUCUUGACGUCUUUCCACAGUUAAAAUAAAAUACGUUCUGAUGUUCAUUCAUGUUUAUUUCAUGUAACAAAAUAAGAAAAGACAAUCAGUUUACGUGUCAUUGAUCUAGUAAGGCAAUACAGUGUUCUGUCACAAUACAUUAAAUAGACACAAAAUGGUAUUUAUUUGAAUUUAUUUAAAAAAUGACAAAAUUUUAAAGCUGAGACCUUGUUUCAUACCAGAAGUAACCUGCUUGUCUGUCGCCGUGUUGUCAGUUUCCUCUCUCGAUAUAUUUUUCACUGCGUGAAAACAUGAUGUGUAGUGUGAGAGCAGCAUUGUUUGUCGGACACAGCAACAGUAACUAAAGAAAGCGGAGUUUUGCAAAGGGUCAACUGAUACUCAAAACUAGCCCAAAUGCAUUUUGGAUGGGGUCCCCCAGUAAAAAUCGCAUGUUCCGGGGGUAAAAAAAGGUUGAAGCAGUUAUAUCACAUUGAUUAUUUUAACAAUAUUUUUACUAACUUUCUGGGCCUUGAACGAGGUAGUUGCAUUGAUGUUUAUGCAGGGUCAGAAAGUCCUAGGAUUUAAAAAAAAAAUAUCUUAAUUUGUGUUCCGAUGAUGGAAGGUCUUUCAGGUUUGGAACAACAUGAGAGUAAGUAAUUAAUGACAGAAUUUUUAUUUUUGGGUGAACUUUCCCCUACAUAGUAGCUAAUAAGUAUGUAGUGUUCAAAGCCUCAAAGAAAGGAAUGAAAUUAAAUCAGUUACUAAGAGUCAUUACUAAUGUAUUUAUUUUUCAAGGAAUAUUAAAGUAAAACAAAACAUAAUAAAUUAAAAGGGUUGAUCAUAAUUGUCAAUAAAAUGUAUUCAAAACAAAAUUAUUUGAAAUCAAUCAUUUAAAUCUUAUACACAUCAAAGGCUUCAAGACUCUUGUCUCUGAAGACAUCUUACAGUAAUGAGAAUAUCUGACUGGUCUCUUAACUGAACAAGCCUGAAGGAAGAUUCAAUUCAAAUGACUUGAAUUUAUAAUGGAAUUAGAGCAUUCUGAAUCACAACUUAAUUUGCAUACAUUUUUAUACUGUUGUAUAUUUUUCAGUGAUUGUUUAAAUAAAAUGAAUAUGUCUGUUUUACAUUCUUUCCACAUUAACCUGUUCUCCUCUCUCCUUUCUGUAGCCAUUUGGCAUUAAACAGCAGCUGAUUGUUUAUAUUAUUAUUAUUACUAUGUAGAUUGAGCAAUAGCAAUAGUUCAAAACUGUAAAACAAAAUCAUACAUGUGUUUGCAAACAAUAUGUGCGGUGACUGAAUGUGCAUGCUAUGAUAUGUCAGUUGAUGUCUAAAACCCUGUGCUUUAGAUAUGUCAGAUUAUUUAAAGAAUUCACUCUGAUCUUGUCCGAUACACCUAUGAAUUUACCUGUACUUAUUCUCUCCUUAGUCUUUUUUUAAUCUCACCUGCCCAUUAAACAACAGUGUGAACCACCAUCCCCCUCUGUGGGAGUUUGAAUGAUGUGUCACUAGAGGGUUUGAGUUUUGCCGCAGUGCUUUGAGCGUCCCUCGGGUGUGAGACACUCAUUUGUUGGACGGGUGGAUGUGGGUGUGUUUGUGUGUGGGUGUUAUUCAUUCUGUCUGGAGUGAAUUAAUGCAAUGAUUGUGUUUGUGCCCACAUGGAAAAGUCUUUGUGCUUGUGUGUAUGAUGGUUGGACACUGAGAUAUGGCUUAGAUCUGGCAUGUGGGUGGACAAAAGAGCAGCCGGUGCUAAUAGCCAGUAAUCACUGACCCCACCACCACAAGUAAAUCAGCACAACGCAGUAUGGCUAAAAUGGGAAAUACAGGCCACAUAUCAGUGUCUACAACAUAAAUAACAGCGAAAUGCACCUCUAUAACUCUCGGACCAUCAUGUUAUUGCCCUGCUCAAAGGGAAGCAUAUGUUCCGUGCAGCUGACGGCAUUCAAAAUCUCAAUUGCACAUGGAUCAGUAUUGAGUUACACACACUACAUUGUAACCAGAGCAUACAGUCAGCCCCCCCUCCACAUCAGACACAUUUUGGAAUCUCAAAGCCGACUGCUUCUCAACUUCUAAAAAUAAGUUUCUCCUCUAAGAGUUCUAGGAGGUAAAAUCAGCCAUUACACACAAGCCAUUGCCAGUUUCUUACAAAUUGCUUGUUUUUUUCAGAGGUCAUUGUGCUUGACCUUUUGAAAGUUUGUGGAAGUACAAGCAUUUAUUUUUAAGAGACAAUGAGGUGUGAGCUAAUAAUGUUGCAUAGUUUAUGUGAAACCCUGUGCUGAGGAGGACAGAAUGUGAAUAACCGGAAUCUAAUGAAAAUAAAUAUAACGACUAUUUAAAUUUGCAGAUUCUCUUACAGAAAAAGGCAAAAGCAGCUGCUGUGAUUUAAAAGGAGUGAAAAUGACAGCACGAAAGAGAUCUUCCUUCACAACAAGAGUAAUUUUCAGAAGAGAAAACUGAGAAAUUGCACAAUUGCUACUUAAAAGUUCUGUAAAAGCCCCCUUUUUUCUUUUAGAAUAAAGCUAUUUCUUCACAAAAUGAACUUACGCAAGUGCUCGCCACACUUCAGGACUGUGGUUAAAUCUGGAGAAGAAUAAUCACAGUUAUCAAAACUGACCUUUACUGAUGGUGGGAAAAUAGGGAAAGAGAAUGAGAGAGAAAACUCAGGGGCUUUUAAAAUAGGGUCUAAGGGCUGAGGGGCAACAAAAGAGA